CUAUAUGAAUAUGUCAUACAUAACAAUGACUUCGAGGAUUUAUAGACAUAAAGAGGACGUUACACUCAAAUAAAUAGUAAAUUUUACGGUAAAGAUAAAAAUAUUACCUAUCAAAUACAAUAGAAAACUAGAUAAAUAAAAAAAUUACAUUGAAAAUACCUAUUUCCAUUAGAACAAGAUCAAGUCGUCCAAAGAUAAUUCUGCAUAUGGCUCACCACAGGCAACUUUUUCCCCUAAAAAGGCUUCCUAACAGCAAUUGAAGGAACUCACCUAUCAGCCCCUCGGGGCUAAAGCUCAUGGUCGCCUAUCGUCGCAGCCAAAUAGUGAAAGGGUGCGCCCCCGCUGGUAGUAUAAAAGCUACGGGCAAUCUUCGUAAAAUAUCAUUCGAGAUCCACGAUCAAGUCACUCACAGUACAAUGGCAUUCAAGUUCGUAGUAUUGGCUUGCCUGGUAGCUGUUGCCAGCGCCGGUGUGGUUCCAGUAGCGCAAUACGGUUACGCAGCACCCGCAUUGCACGCAGCACCAGUGUCGUACUCCGCCCCCAUUGCUAAAGUCGCUGUCGAAGAAUACGAUGCACACCCUCAAUACAGUUUCGCAUACGACGUACAAGAUGGCGUCACUGGUGACUCGAAGAGUCAACACGAGACCCGCGACGGCGAUGUCGUUCAAGGCUCUUACUCCGUGGUUGACCCCGAUGGCAUCAAGCGCACCGUUGAAUACACCGCCGAUCCCCACAACGGCUUCAACGCUGUCGUGCACAGAGAACCCCUCGGCCACGCCGCUAAAGUAGCAUAUGCUGCACCAGUCGCCAAGAUUGCUGCCCCAGUUACUUAUGCCGCAUCCCCGGUCGUACACUCUGCUCCUAUCGUGCACUCCGCCCCUGUCGCCUACUCAUCCCCUAUCGCUAAAUACCCUGCCCCCUUCACCUAUUCCGCUCCCAUCUACCACCACUAAAACGUGCCAAAAACUAAAAAUCUAAUUAUACAAUUUAAUUGUAUUAUUAGUUUAUUUUAUUAGGCAAAUUAAAUUAUUUUCAAAUA